CUAAACAUUUCUUUCUGUCUUUCAUUUAAAUAACCUUCUCCUUCUUCUUUCCUUUUUUUUUUUGUGAUCUCUUUUCUUAAUGCCAUUUUGCUUGUCAAGUACAGUCAAAAACGGCACUCAUGUCAGCCUAAAAGAACGUCUGAUAAAAUCUCCUUUAAUGUCAUGCAUUGCUGGUGCAUGUAUUCUAUGGGUAUCUUUCGGUAUUCGACAGUCCCUUGGCGUCUUUUUGAUCCCAAUCACAUUGGAUACAGGCAUGGAUCGAUCCACGUUUUCUGUCGGUGCUGCCCUGAUGCAACUCUUGUGGGGUUUUGGUCAACCAUUUUUGGUGUUUUUAGCCGAACGUAAAUUUGGAUUUGGCAAAAUGAUUUUUGGUUGCAGCAUAGUAUAUGCUGCAGGAUGCUUUAUCUUGUAUGCUUCAAAUCAUUCUGCAGGCCUGUAUGUUUUCAGUGUAGGUGUCGUCAUUGGUUUAGCUGCCGGUGGUAUAUCAUUCCCUAUUGUAUUGGCCAGUAUUGGUAGACGAUUUCCUCAGCAUAGUAAACGUCAAAGUGUUGCUUUUGGUAUUGUCUCGAGUUUUGGCAGUUUUGGACAAUGUUGUUUCUUACCUAUGGCAAGAGGCAUGCUGACAAUCAUUGGCUGGCGUAUGGCCUUUGUUGUCCUGGGUAUUAUUAUGGUUGUAUUAUCACCAUUUGCUUAUUUCCUUCAGACUAUUCCUCCUACACCUGCAUUGCCUAAUACAGCAACAGAAAAGAAAGACAAUAAAGACGAAGAAAUCAACCUUGAUACAGCAGAAGAUAUCAUGAUAAACGAAGAAGACAGACCUUAUGAAGACAUCUCUGCUCCCGACAUCAAGACAGCAUUAAAAGAAGCAUUUACAAAUCCUACAUUCAUGCUUAUCACUGUAGGAUUCUCUGUCUGUGGAUUUCACAUCUCUUUCUUAUCUACUCAUCUCCCUGCCUACCUUCAGGACAAUGGUAUCAACACUUCAUUAGCCUCCUGGACUCUUUCUAUCAUUGGUUUGUGUUCUAUGUUCGGUGCCACACUCGCUGGCUAUCUUGCAAGCAUUUUUAAGCCAAAAUAUAUUCUCAUGGUUAUUUACACGCUCCGGGCUAUUUUGAUGAUCAUUGUUGUGUUUAUCCCUAUUUCUGUUACCACUGUUGUUACUUUCUCUGUCUUUUUUGGCGUAAGUUGCAUAUUUGUUAUUGUUGUCCUAAUAUUUGUAGUUUAUAUGGUUAUCCACUGUUCCGCAUUUGUAGGCCAUCAAAUAGGAGCUUUCUUAGGUGCCUAUGUUGCCGGAGUAGUUUAUGAUCAAUCGCACUCAUAUCGCCGUAUGUGGUAUGGUGCUAUUGCUAUUGCUGCAUUUGCAGUAGCGUUAAAUUUCCUGGCUAGUGUCGAACCUAUGAAUGAAAGAAGAAUCCGAUUAAGUAAUGCCGCACUUAAAAAAUGAACAAAUAAAAA